AAACAAUUCUCACACUUCACGUGUGCAUCGAAACUUCCGCUUUCCUUCGAUUGCGUGGACGGUGGUGGCCUCCCCGCGAGUCAUUCUCCCAAACGCGUCAAUUUGGACUAUGAACCUCCCAUUAAUUAAUUAAUUAAUCCCGCAGCAGAGAAAAUCAGGCACCACUAUCUCCCCCUCUAUAAAGCCAGCGGAAAACCAGCCAACAAAUUCAAAACAGAGUCAGAGUUUUCCCGCAAAGGCUUCGGAACGAGAAACACGGGUAUUUUAAAAUGGGAAAGCAAGAAGAACAAAAUCAGCAGAAAAUCGAGAGGAAGAAGCCCAGGUUUCUGUGCCUACAUGGGUUCAGAACCAACGGCCAGAUUAUGAAAACGCAGAUCGAGAAAUGGCCCCCGUCCGUGCUCGAGAAGCUCGAUCUCGUGUUCGUCGACGCCCCUUUCCCGGCCAACGGCAAAUCCGACGUGGAAGGGAUCUUUGAUCCUCCUUACUACGAAUGGUUUCAAUUCAACAAGGAAUUCACAGAGUACACCAAUUUUGACGAGUGUCUGGCGUAUAUAGAGGAUUACAUGAUAGAGCACGGACCAUUUGAUGGUCUUCUUGGUUUCUCUCAGGGCGCAAUUUUAUCUGCGGCUUUGCCGGGUCUGCAAGCUGAGGGAGUGGCCUUAACGAAGGUACCAAAGAUAAAUUUCUUGGUAAUAAUUGGAGGGGCAAAGCUGAAAGAGCCCUCACUGGCAGAGAGGGCAUAUUCGUGUUUGAUUCGUUGCCCGUCCCUCCACUUUUUAGGCGAGACGGAUUUCCUAAAGCCAUAUGGAACUGAACUCUUGGAAUCAUUUGUAGAUCCUGUAGUGAUUCAUCAUCCUAAGGGCCACACAGUUCCAAGACUUGAUGAUAAAGGUUUACCAACCAUGCUGAACUUUGUCGAACGGAUUCAGAAGGCGGUAACCAGGAACGAAGAAUAAGAGUUCACCCAUAUAUGGUCAGCGAAGGCUCCAGUAACGUAAUAGCAGAAAACCUGUACUACUUAAGAUUAUGAUUUUGUUUACCCUUGUAGCUAGACAACAAGAUUAAAACCAAAAAGGCUUCCGACUUUCGUUUCAUAAGUUGGAAACUAAUUUAGACGCUCAAUUUUCAGCGUGCGGAUGCUCGUCAAAAAGUGUUGGUUCCCUGUUCCA